AUGGGGAUGUGUAUAAUGUUUUGGGAAAGUGGUUUGGAUACCAAAGCCCACCGGAUCGGCAACUUUGACGGCAGCAGUAAUUACGGGAUCCUUCAGAUCAGCGAUUUAAUGUGGUGUCAGUCCAAUGGACGCAAAAAUAACACCAAUUUCUGUGAUUCUUCGUGCGAUAAAUUUCGUGAUUCAGACAUAACGGAUGAUAUCAAGUGUGGGCUACUUAUAUAUAAACUCCAGGGCUUUGACGCCUGGGGUUCUCGGUGCCGAUCAGAGAACACACAUUACACAGAAGGCUGCUCUUCUUCAAAAACUUCUGUACCAAAAGAUACAAAACCAGAAAAUGCUAACAAAAAUCCAUCGAUAAAAGACACCAAAAAAGUUCAAAAGCCCCCAAAGACCUCCCAAUUAGUUAAACAAUUGGUCCAAAUGUCGAAACAAUCGAUGAAUAUACCCGAAAGUAUGUUUAGAGGAAUCAGUAGGCGAUCUAUUGAAAGUCCGAAACCGACCCAAAAAGUCCAGAAUAAGGUCAACAAUAAGACUACGAAAAGAGCGGCCAAAAGUCAGGAGUCGGCAAAAGAGGGGUUUGUUAAUCCGAAACCGACCCAAAAAGUCCAGAAUAAGGUCAACAAUAAGACUACGAAAAGAGCGGCCAAAAGUCAGGUAAUAAACGGAAACAAGAAUAAGAUUGUUAGGAGUCGGCAAAAGAGGGGUUUGUUAGGACAGGACAGUAUCAACCCCUUUGAAGACGCGCGCAUUUUUGUGUUCAAUCCGUUGUGUUGUUUCAAUUGGAAGGCAGCGGAGGUCGAGUGGUCUAAUGCCAAGAACUGGUACUCUAAGCCACAUACCCAUCACAUCCAUUGCGAAAUCACUUUAUUUAUUAUUGAUUUGUUAAUUGUCUCGUUUAGGGCCCGAGAUAUUAGGACAUCAGUUGGAUAG